ACUCUCACAGGUCUAAUGUUCAUCUGGCAAAUUUUGAAGCAUCGAGGUGUUUGUGCUUUGCAGCUCCACGUGCCGCAGGCAAUAACUAAUUCGCAUGGGCAAAGCUCCCACCUUCGUUUUCUGUAGAAAACCUCUAAUCUAACGUAGCUAUCUAUUCAAAUAUGCUCGACGUCUCGCUUUGCACCUUUCCCCUACUUUUUUAGUAUUCUGCAAGUAGGAGGUUAUCAAGCUCAUCAAUUACUGUCCCGACUCUUACGAUGGCAGACCCCGAGACUAAAGCAAUUUCUCCAGAUGCCGAGGAUACGACUCUUGAACACAUGGGCUACCAACUCGGUACGUAUGGACUUUGGGAGGACAUAUGGCGUUAAUGACGGUCUUUGGCAGAGCUUAAACGUUCCUUUGGAUUAAUUGGAAUGAUUGGAUUCUCGUUUUCUAUAGUUACAUGGUAUGUUGCGGUUGCGUACAACCGACGAUCUACGACAGAGAACGUGGCAAAGUUGGAAUGCUAAUGGGAAUUCACAGCUGGAGCGCCUUGGGAGGGGUACUCGUCACGGGAGUUAACGCCGGUGGACCUCCUGUAAUGAUUUGGGGUUGGUUGGGGAUAUGUUGCGUUACACUUUGUGUCGCCUACUCGAUGGCAGAGAUGUGCUCGGAAUAUCCUGUUGCUGGAGGCCAGUACAGCUGGGUGUUUAUCUUGGCACCAAAUGGUAUCCGAAGGCAACUCUCUUAUCUGACAGGAUGGUUCAUGAUUAUAGGUUUAUUAGCAAUUGGAGCUACGAACAGCUUCAUCUGCGCCAACUUCAUCCUAGGACAGGCGAAUUUGAUCAACCCAAGCUACGUGAUCGAACGAUGGCACACCGUCCUAGUGGCCUGGACUGUCACCUUAUUUGCAGCUUCCAUGAAUCUAUGGGGGUCGAAAGUCUUGGAUAAAUUGUCGAAAGGGUUUCUAGUGUUCAACAUUGUCGCUUUUAUUGUUACCGUUACUACAAUUCUCGCUAGCAAUAAAAACAAACAAUCAGCAUCCUUUGUCUUCAAGGAUUUUCAGAACUUCACCGGAUUCGGUACUUCGAUGGCUGGUAUUAUUGGUAUCUUACAACCUGCAUUUGGGAUGUGUUGCUACGAUGCCCCAGCGCAUAUGACAGAAGAGAUCAAGAAUGCUAGCAAGCAAGCCCCAAGAGCCAUUCUCCUAUCCGUGUACCUUGGCGCCGUCACUGGAUUUAUCUUUCUGAUCGCAGUAUGCUUCUGCAUUGGAGAUAUUGACGAGGUGGCCUCGACGCCAACUAUGUCCCCGCUCAUCCAGAUCUACUUCGAUUCCACUGAUAGCAAUGUUGGAUCCUGCUUCCUGGCCUCUAUGAUGGUAAUCAUCGACAUCGGUGCCGCCAAUGGUCUGCUUGCCGAGGGGGCUCGAUCUCUAUAUGCCUUUGCUCGCGACGAAGGCUUGCCAUUCUCCUCCUUCAUUAGAAGAAUCGAACCUAAGCAUCAAAUGCCGGUCGUUGCAAUCGCCCUUGGAGCCCUCGUUCAAAUGGCGCUCUGCAGUAUAUACUUUGGCACUGUCACUGGUUUCAAUACAAUCAUCGCUAUCGGCACAGAGGGCUUUUACCUUUCAUAUGCCAUGCCUCUGCUGGUCCGCCUGAUUUCCUACUUCAACGGAACGCAUAGACAGCUCUCAGGUCCAUGGGCAAUGAAACCAGUUGUAUCGCUAACGUUGAAUGCUGUUGGCCUCACUUACCUGCUCUUCGCAUGUAUCACAUUCAACUUCCCAUCUGUAUAUCCGGUCAACAGCGAGAAUAUGAACUAUACUUCUGCGGCGGUUGGGGUCAUCAUGUUCAUCGCUGCUCUAACGUGGUUCACGACGGCAAAGAAGCAGUUUUCAGGACCUGAGAUCCAUCUUGAGGGUGUAGCGGAUGCUGGGAGCCAUGUAGUGGAAUGUGAGCAGGGCGAGGGGAGUGAGGAGAAGAAGUCCUCGCUUUAA